UAAUCAAUUAAUAUACCAAAGACAAGUCAGCCACCGCCCGCCAUCCUUAUAUUCCUCCCUAGCCACCGUCCACCGUCCGCCGCCGCGGUGAAUUGCCUCCACACGCCACCUAAUCCGGCCACUACAUGAUUUUCCCCAUCGAACUGAGAUUCAAUUCUAUUUUCCUGCUCCCCCUCACAAUCUUCCUCUUUUUCGCCUGAACAAAUCACCCCCCUCCAAGGGCUCUGGGAAUUUCCGUCCGGCGAUUUAACCAUAAAUUAGGGCAUGAUUUCGCCGGCGGCGGCUUCCGUUUCGCACAGACCUCUCAAUUUAUGCAGCGUCAGCAGCAAAGGCAACACUCGUCGGAGCUGUAAAAGCCGCUCUAAUUUAUUGCCAUCCUUUUCAGCAUUGUCGGUUUCUUCAGCUGAUGACGAUGUGUGCGCAACGAGAAAUAGGGUUUCGUGUGCUUGCGUCGCGCCGCCUCACGACUUCAGACCUGCCAAAUUCACUGGUGGUCGCAAGACAGAAAAUUUGAGUGUCGAGAAGGAGCUAGUGGAUGAUGAAUCCGAUGUGCUAAUUGAAUGUAGAGAUAUAUACAAGUCAUUUGGGGACAAGCAUAUCUUAAGAGGUGUGAGCUUCAAGAUUAGGCAUGGAGAGGCUGUUGGGAUUAUUGGGCCAUCUGGGACAGGUAAAUCAACUAUCUUGAAGAUUAUGGCUGGGCUUCUUGCUCCCGACAAGGGCGAGGUUUUUAUCCGAGGUAGAAGACGACAUGGUUUGAUCAGUGACGAGGAAAUAUCUGGUCUUAGAAUUGGCUUGGUGUUUCAGAGUGCAGCUCUUUUUGAUUCACUGACAGUUCGUGAAAAUGUUGGUUUUUUGUUAUACGAAAAUUCCACUAUGCCCGAGGAUCAAAUUGCCGAGCUUGUGACAGAGACUUUAGCUGCCGUCGGAUUGAAGGGAGUUGAAAACAGAUUACCUUCUGAAUUGUCGGGUGGGAUGAAAAAGAGAGUUGCUCUUGCUCGUUCAAUAAUAUUUGAUACAACAAAAGAUGCGAUAGAACCAGAGGUACUCCUCUAUGAUGAGCCGACAGCUGGACUCGAUCCAAUUGCUUCGACUGUUGUUGAAGAUCUGAUACGUUCUGUUCAUAUAAAAGGGGAGGAUGCACUCGGGCAACCUGGGAAUAUCGCAUCCUAUUUUGUUGUUACUCAUCAACAUAGUACAAUCAGAAGAGCUGUUGAUAGGCUGUUAUUUUUAUACGAAGGAAAAGUUGUUUGGCAAGGAAUGACUCAUGAAUUCUCGUCUUCUACAAAUCCGAUUGUUCAGCAGUUUGCAACCGGGAGUUUGGAUGGUCCGAUUAGGUAUUAGCCGAGACGAUUCUUUAUGCGAUCGAUCAUUGACGAUUUAGACGGCAUUGCGUAUAGUAAAAUUUGGAUCUUAAGCCCAUAAUAUCAAAGUGGAGCGGAGUACACGAGUAAAUAAGGUAUACGGGCCGACCCGUAUACCCAGUUUUGUUUGGUGGUAUGGGGCCCUCCAUCAAUAUGAGUUAAGUUACUAUACCAUGUCUAUGUGAAAUCAACCUCCAAAGAUAAAUGAAUAAUUCUUUUCUUUCUUAUGUAGCUUGUUAUAUUUUACUAUUAUUUUUAUUUAUUUUUCUCUUUUAUUUUCUA